CUUAUCAACCGAGAUGAUAUCCCAACAUUUCCAACACGCAGAGUCUCGCCUUGGUCGCGUCCGAGGAGUCGUCGCGUGAAAAUGCCGGGGAGCACUUUGCCUGCGACCGCACGAUCGUCGCGCGUGAUCGUACGCGUGUGAAUCCCCGCGAGUACACCUGCGAUCGAAGCACCUGAUCGGCGAUCGGAGGAGGGAGUCCACUGAUAAAAUCGUUGCAGAGAGGAUUACACUUGACGACGCAAAAUGGAGACGUCACUCGUGAUGAUUCCUGGCGAGAAAGAUCCCUCGAGAUGUCGCGAAGACGUCGAACGUCGCGGCGGCAUCCGGUACCUCUGAAGGGGAGAUGUACUUUACGAAGAUGCACGGGUGAUACAGGACAGGCUCCAACAAAAUGUUGAUCAAGGAGUAUCGCAUACCGUUGCCUCUCACGGUAGAGGAAUAUCGAAUCGCUCAGCUGUACAUGAUAGCGAAAAAGUCCCGGGAGGAGAGCAAGGGUGCCGGUAGCGGCGUGGAGAUAAUCGAGAACGAGCCGUACAGCAACGGUCCGGGCGGUAACGGGCAGUACACACAUAAAAUCUACCACGUGGGCAGUCACCUGCCGGGCUGGUUCAAGAGCCUCCUGCCCAAGUCGGCGCUGAUCGCCAAGGAGGAGGCGUGGAACGCGUACCCGUACACCAAGACCCGGUACACGUGCCCGUUCGUGGAGAAGUUCUCCGUCGAGAUCGAGACCUACUACUUCCCGGACGACGGCCACCAGGAGAAUGUCUUCAACCUCACCGGGAGUGAUUACAGGAACAGGAUCGUGGACCUGAUCGACAUUGUCAAGGAUCAGCCAUACGGGGCCGAUUACGUGAAGGAGGAGGAUCCCAAGCUGUACGUGUCGGAAAAGACUGGGAGAGGCCCAUUAGAUGACAAUUGGCUCGAGGAUUACUGGGCCGAUGUGGAAGGAAAGCAACAGCCAACGCCGUCGGGAAAGUCACUAAUGUGCGCGUACAAGCUAUGCCGAGUAGAGUUCCGUUAUUGGGGCAUGCAAACGAAAUUAGAAAAGUUCAUACACGACGUAGCUUUGCGGAAGACAAUGGUGCGGGCGCACAGGCAGGCCUGGGCCUGGCAGGACGAGUGGAACGGUCUGACGAUGGAAGACAUCAGGGAGAUCGAGCGGCAGACGCAGUUGGCGCUGCAGCGGAAGAUGGGCCUGAGUGAUUCGGAGGACGAGCUCGAGAACGAGGCUCGGAAGGCGACGGCGACGCCGACGACGACGAUGUCGAUCACGACGGCGACGGCGACGCCGGUAAACGCCACGAUGACGUCGGAGGAGUCGGCGGUAGCCAAGACGCUGGCGGCCACCCUGGGCAGCAUCGAGAAGAACGAGGAGGCGCAGAGCCCGCCGUCCCUCAGGAAACCGUCCGACAUUCCCAUCAUCAACACGGCGGCCAGCUCCGAGGGCGAGAUCAGUCCCGGAGACUCGCCGAUCGAUCUGAAUGAGCUCAAAAAUGCGGUCGCCGCUGAAAAAACUAAGAAGGAGUGGCUGAAGAACAUGCACUCGCCGAAUACGAAUAAGAACUUCGACAUCCAGAUCGCCAAUUGGAGGAUGGAGAGCAUUGUCAGGGAAUCCGAAUCCGGCAGUGACGAUGAAUUCUUCGAUUGCCAGGCUGGGUUCAUUAUACCUGUUAUACGCAAAGAGGACUUUGAAGAUAGCUCUUCAUUAGCUAAAUGGAGUUCUUUGGAUCUUCUAGCAGAAGGGGAGGACACGACUGUACGGACACCAUCUGCAUCAAACGAGCAAGAGGAUACAAUAUUUUCACCUUCGUAUCUGCAACGUAUCACCAGCGAACGAAGCAGUAAGAGAUUGCAAAUCAGUACGUCGGCUAGCAUCGACGUAUCGUAUCCAGCAUCCCCUCAACAUUCUCCAACGCAUCAACCGUGCAAAAUUACGGUUUUAAUUUUCGUGGUGCACGGCGGCAGUGUUUUAGAUGCAAAUGUCGAUUUAACGGCGAAAAAGUCAGACAUAACGACAUUCCGUGGAGCUUUUGAAUCUGUUAUGAGACAGCAUUAUCCUAGCAUGGUCGGCCGUGUAGCUGUUAAAUUCGUCGCUUGUCCUUCAAUCUGCACGGAAGGUCUGGGAAUUUUGUCGAGCUUGAGUCCAUACAGCUUCGAUAUGUCGCCUUCGUGCAUGGACGCUCCGCAAGUGACGCACGACACUAUUCCGAUCGGCGCGAUUCCGCUGUUGGCAAGCUCGAGUUCCGAAUAUCAAGAUACGGUAUCGCGUGUGGUGUUGAGUGCCAAUCAAGUGUACCAUGACUUUAUCAAAAGCGAUGAGGGUAAAGGUUUCAGCGGACAGAUUUGCUUUGUGGGUGACUCGGUGGGGUCAAUCUUGGCAUACGACGCCCUGUGCAGGGCGACGCAGCAUUCACGUCAUAGUAGCGAGAAUAGUAUUCUAGAAAGUAGUAGCCAGCAGGGUAAUGACAACGGCGGAAACGAAGACAGCAAACAUUUAUCUGCGCCGUCUCCUAGAAGAAGGUCUUCCGGUACAAGUGAUAACAAGUUGGAGUUUGAAGUGAGUGACUUUUUUACGUUUGGCAGUCCGCUUGCAUUAGUCCUCGCUUAUAGAAAGGUCGCCGCGUCAAGCGACAGGAAUAGUUUUAUACCUAGGCCGUUAGUCAAUCAAAUGUACAAUCUGUUUCAUCCUACCGACCCUGUGGCUGCGAGAUUAGAACCCUUGAUCUCAGCAAGAUUUUCUCUGAUCGCACCGGUCAAUAUUGCCCGAUAUCAAAAGUAUCCGCUCGGCAAUGGCCAGCCUUAUCACUUGCUGGAAACUAUCCAGACUAAUCCGCAGCUGUUCGCCGACGGAUUGAAUGUUCCGAAUUUUCAAAUGUCGCAUUUAAGGAGACUAUCUGAUAUAUCACUUCAGAGUACAAUGUCGGGAAUUAUAGAUAACGUUCCUUUACAGGCAGUGUCUGCCCUGGUGCAAAAAUGGUGGGGCACCAAAAGACUAGAUUAUGCCCUCUAUUGUCCAGAGGGUCUCGCGAAUUUUCCUACAAACGCCUUGCCGCAUCUCUUUCAUGCUAGUUAUUGGGAAUCUUCGGAUGUGAUGGCGUUUAUUUUGAGGCAGUUGGGCAGAUUCGAUUUGCCAUUGCUCGGCAACGAGGAAAAAGAUCUCUCUUCCUUCCGUCCAGGUCAACCUAGAGAGAAAUGGAAUAAGAAGCGUACCUCAGUUAAACUUAAGAAUGUUGCUGCCAACCACAGAGCGAACGAUGUUAUCGUGAGGGAAGGGGCAUCACAAAUAUUAGUCGCUAGAUUCAUGUACAGUCCCAUUGAUAUGAUAACGUUAACAGGUGAGAAAGUUGACAUCCAUAUUAUGAAAAAUGCACCGGCAGGCGAGUGGACAUACCUCUCUACUGAGGUAACUGACAAAAAUGGUAGAAUAAUUUACAAAAUACCGGAUGACAAAGCACUAGGUUAUGGACUUUAUCCAGUAAAGAUGGUUGUAAGGGGAGAUCACACAUCUGUAGAUUUUUUCAUGGCUGUGAUACCGCCGAAAACUGAAUGCGUGGUUUUUAGUAUAGACGGCUCUUUUGCCGCCAGUAGGUCGGUGAGCGGUAAAGAUCCGAAAGUUUGGGCUGGUGCCGUUGACGUUGUGAGGCAUUGGCAGGAACUGGGCUAUGUCAUCAUUUACAUUACCGCGAGACCCGACAUGCAGCAACAGACAGUCGUUUCCUGGCUGUCGCAGCAUAACUUUCCUCAUGGUCUCGUUUCAUUUGCUGACGGCCUGUCCAGGGAUCCGCUCGCCCACAAAGCUGCUUACCUGAAUAAGCUUGUGAAGGAGCAUGGCAUGAUAAUUCAUCAGGCGUACGGCAGUGAAAAGGACAUUAGCGUGUACACGGCGAUAAAUCUUAAACCGAGCCAGAUCUUCAUCAUUGGCAAAGUAUCGAAGAAACAUCAAGCUAUGGCGACAAUAUUGUACGACGGGUAUGCAGCCCAUUUGAGCAUGCUGCAAGCGCACGGUGGUUCGCGGCCUGCUCAGGGCAACGCGCGCAUGGUGAUCCCCAGAGGUCAGUUUGGUUUACCAGGGCAGAAUACUUCCCUGCGUCGACGAAGGCAAGAAAGGGUUGAGAAAGGACACCCUGUACGACGUUCGCGCGCGGGAUUGCCAUAGCUGAACGGCUAGCGGCAAAAGUGUGUGUGUGUGUCCUUUGGAUGUGUGAAAACGAGCACCGGCUAUGUUCCAGUAACGACACAACGGUGAACUCCCCGGCGCGCAACAGCGUCUACUUAAAGCGGAAAAUCUACCUUACUCACAUCUAACACACGCCUAUAAUCUACGUACAAUUUACUUACUCACAUUGGUAACUAUCUAAUAACCGUUUACUUCUUACUCACCGUCAUAGGCGUCGACGGCGCGCGAUAAUCGUUCUUUAGAAUGAAUCAAUUGAACGAAUAUUGCACUCUUAAUAUUUGGUUCCGAGUGUUUACUACCUAGAAUUUUCGUGGGAUUUUAUUAGUACUUAGAGAAAUUUUGGGAAUUUUAUACGUUUAAAUUUAAAUUCUAUUUGUUUUUUGAUCAUUUUUUCUUGAUGCAAAAUUGACAACCGAUUAAUAAUAAAUGUACAUUCAUGUACACGUGAUCUUUUACAAAAUUCAAGUGAACGCUCUGUUGGUUGCUCCGUGCUGAAAAACCACGAUCUCUUUGCAAUUUUUAUAAGAAGAAAAGUCCUUUGCCCAUUCUUCACUCUCGAGCUGUUUUAAGGCUUACUUGUUAUUGUUAUUGAAUUUAACUCGAUUAGCUUGAAUUAAUUGACCGAAUAUUUUAUUUAACUAUAAGAGAAUACGUCGGCGCCUAUGCCCUCCGCUUUUCCUCUUUAUUGCAGCGCGAUUUCUUACUGGUAAAAAGAUUGUGUUGUCUUUUCACACAUGAAAACAGUGUGCAUUUAUUAUAAAUCGCGGAAUAAUUAGCAGAGACUUACAUGGCGACUGUUAAGACAACGUCUGUAUAUAGAACCGCAUUCCGAAUCAGCUUUCUCGUGCGCGAGAAAGGACGUUUGAACGGAAAAGGAUAUAAUUAUCAAUUAUUCUUAAACAAGAUUAAUUGAAUUAUACGAAUUUGGGAAAUCGACGCGUUGUCUUGAUUAUAUGUGUGCCAGAUCGGCGUUCCGCUGACUUCUCGUUUUUCCCACAACGAUCCUGGAUCUUUUUACCAUUAACGCGCGCUGCACCCGGUCACGUCCUCACGCUAUCUAGUCAAUAAAAGCGGAGGCCCACCGACCGAAUGUCGCUGACCAGUCUCUUGAUUGCAGGUACCUGCUAUGAGGAUAUGUCGCGUUGUCUCAGCGUAGUUAAAUAUCACACUUCUCUGUCUCUAUCACUCACUCGGCGAAAAAAAGCUGUUGUCGCCAUACCUACGCUCGAAACUCAUUGUUUGCCUAGUCGGCUAUAGUCACAGUCAGUGUCCAGGAUCCGCGGUCAGUCCGCUCUAUGACCGCUCGCUAGAUACGCCCGGGAAGUAGAGUCGUUUUCGUAAUCUCCUCCCCGAAACGAACCGGUCUCACUUUAGCGACGAAGGUAAACCGCCGUCUCAAACGUUUUCCGCUUGAAAACUUGUUAUAGAUAUGAGUGUUUUAUGUCACAGAACGCUAGAUCCACCACCUCUCCAUGUUUUUGCGUGUCUCUCAACUGACGGGACUUCUGACUUUUAAUAAUCUUAAUUCUAAAUUUAAAUUGGGUCGCGCAAACUUUAUAACUUAUACGAUUGGAGGCUACAUUUUAUAACUGAAUAAUUAACGUCCUCUUCGACUCGGUCUGUUCGCAAAUAACUGCUUGAGUGUACAGGAAGUUUUUAAUUUAUUGAAAUUUAUGGUGAUUUAUCGUAAUAUAAUGUAUAUUCAUUUCUUAUCUAGUUUCAUUAACAUAAUUUUAUACAUAACUGUAGAGAUUUAAUUAUAAUUCGCAAAAUUCCAAAUCUCCAUUAAAAUUUCUUUUUUUAAUUUCAAUAAAUAUUAGAAAUUACAGUCUUUCCUUACAAAAAACAUAAUCCAGCAAUUGAUAAAUUAAAAAACUUUAUUUUACAACGAGAAACUACAAAUUGUGAAUCUCCAAAAUGUUUCGGGUUGAUCGAGAGACCAUCUUACUUACUGCUUACUGGAAUCUGUAUAAUCGCUUUCUGAAGAAGCCAUGAUAGAAUUUACGAAUUACAUUUAUUAUCAUAUUAGAGUUCAUAUAGCAGUUAAGUAAAAUCGAUAGACGUUGAUUAGAUUAGAUAUAUAAAGAAUUUAAAAAAAAAAAGAAUGUUUUCUUUGGUGGUAGAUCAGGCUGAAUCGUUGCUUGUGUGAAAAGAAACCUACAUACAGCACGACAUAAGGAUGCGAUAGAUUUACAGAAGACACUGUCAGUGCACGAUUAUUAUAUAUAUGUGAAUGUGCAAGUUUCGAGAGCUCAUGGUUAUAUUCACCGUGUGAUCUCCGUUUAUUAGAGGCAAACGCCACCCUUGUCACCCGAUCAUGCAUAUACUCUGCUGUGCCAAUCACGACACACGCGCGCUAAUAAUCUCGUCGCUCUGAGCGGUUCUGGUUCGUUCAUAAUGUUGUAUUCCAUAGGUGGCGGAAUCAUGGGACAAACGAAAGCAUACGCUAACGAGAAAGCGGUAUCAAGAAAAAAAAAAGA